UAUAUAUGGCCGUAUAUAUAGAGAGUUGUUGCAAUUGUUCAAUUUCCAACGCCAACUCUCCCCCAAAUUAUUCCCAACACAAAGAAUUCUCCACAUAAACAUCGGCCACCCUAUUUUUAGAUAUCACACACACAUAUUUAUUUUUGUGUUGCUGAACAUGAAGAAACCAGGAUUCUUAGCAGCUUCCAUGGCCGCAGCUUCAGCCAUCACUGUUUCUAAUAUCAAUAACCAAACUACUCAUCAGGAUGAUUAUGGAGCAUCAUCGAUCAAACACAAAGAAGAAUCUAUGCAAAAAAAGACGAGCUGUUGCUCAGACAAAUUUGCGCCAAGGUUUGAUGGAUUAAGGUUUAUUGAAACCUUGGUAACUGCACAUCGAUAACACUAAAAAGCUUCUGAGAUCAAUAUAUGUUCGUUUUGAUUAGACAAAAAGUGUGUGGGUUGGGUUUGGUUUCUUGUGGAUGAAGUUUGUUCCUGUUUUCCAUGUUUAUGUUUAUUAGAAGAUGGGAUCGGGCCAAAUUAAGGCCUCUCAAUUACUCGUAACAAAGUAGUACUAUUAAUUAAUAAUUAAUGGUUAUUGUUAUUGUUGUUGCCUUAUUGGUGUUGUAGUGUUGAAAGGGAUUGGCUCCACAAUUACUACCAUUUUAGUAUUCGAUCAUAAUCACAGCCCUUUUGUGUUGUCAUCUGAUUUUAGUAUCAGUUAAUGGCUUUUCAAUAGUAACGACUUAAAACUUUUUAUUUGUUUA